UUUACAGUUUGUAUGUAAUAAUCAUGCACAAUUCGAGGAUAUUGGUUAGAUAUCACACUGGUUUAACACUAAAUUGAUUUAUUAUGGAAGAAAUAGAUUGCGUCUUUAAGCGGAAGGAUACUUUGUGUUAUUGUGACAGCCGCGUCACCUCACGGUGGGAGGGAUCUUUACUGGCUUUAUCCUUGCAGCUUGUCCGCAUGGAAUGACAGUCCAAUCUGGCCUUCUGUCUCAUACUCAUUCUUGGAAGUGUGCUGCCUGUUUUAGCUACAGUAGCUAGCUUGCUAUAAAGGACGACAGACUAAUUUUUUAACGGAGGCGACAACAACAAUGUCAAAAGACACCGAACGUAUGAGCGAGAAGAUAAUGGAGUCGAAGGUAUUAUGGUACCCAGACUCAAAGAAGAACACACAGAUGGACAGAUUCAGGACACAGGUGAACAGAGACUUUGGGCUUAAUCUAGCCAACUACAAUGACCUGUACCAGUGGUCUGUGGAGAGCUACCCUGAGUUCUGGGCUGAGGUGUGGCGUUUCUGUGGGGUAAUAAGCUCCAGGAUGUAUGAGGAGGUGGUGGAUAUCUCCAAGAGGAUAUCGGACGUCCCAGAGUGGUUCAAAGGAAGCCGCAUGAACUAUGCUGAGAACCUGCUAAAGCACAAAGACCAGGACAAGGUGGCCCUCUAUGCUGCUACCGAGGAAAAUGACGAGAUCACCAAGGUGACUUUCGGGGAGCUGAGGCGAGAUGUGGCGCUGUUCGCCGCCGCCAUGAGGAAGAUGGGUGUCGGGACUGGCGACAGAGUCGUAGGCUAUCUACCCAAUGGGAUCCAUGCGGUGGAGGCCAUGUUGGCUGCGGCCAGCAUCGGGGCCAUCUGGUCGUCCACAUCUGUGGACUUUGGCGUCAACGGUGUGUUGGACAGGUUCUCUCAGAUCCAGCCAAAACUCAUCUUCUCAGUUGCAGCGGUGGUGUACAACGGCAAACAGCACGACCACAUGGAGAAACUACACAGUGUGGCCAAAGGACUGCCUGAUCUCCAGAAGGUGGUUGUCAUUCCCUACGUACGAAGCAAACAAGACACGGAUCUUUCCAGGAUCCCUAAUAGUGUGUAUCUGGAUGACUUUUUGGCCACAGGGAAGGAGGGGGACCAGGCCCCUCAGCUGGAGUUUGAGCAGCUGCCCUUCUCUCACCCCCUGUUUAUCAUGUACUCCUCUGGGACCACCGGAUCCCCCAAGUGUAUGGUGCACUCGGCAGGGGGGACUCUUAUCCAGCAUCUAAAAGAGCACGUUCUCCAUGGCAACGUGACCAGCAGUGACGUCGUCAUCUACUACACCACGACGGGCUGGAUGAUGUGGAACUGGCUGGUGACGUCGCUGGCCAUAGGGGCCUCUGUGGUUCUGUACGACGGCUCACCUCUCAUGCCCACACCCAACGUCCUCUGGGACCUUGUGGACCAAUUGGGCAUCACUAUUUUUGGGACCGGGGCAAAAUGGCUGGCUGUUCUGGAGGAGAGAGAUCUGAAGCCUGCGAACACACACGCGCUGCAGACCCUGCACACCAUCCUGUCCACGGGCUCUCCCCUGAAGCCCCAGAGCUAUGAGUACGUAUACCGCUGCAUCAAGAACAACGUGCUGUUGGGCUCCAUCUCAGGAGGAACAGAUAUUGUGUCCUGCUUUAUGGGCCAGAACGUGACGGUCCCCGUGUACAGAGGAGAGAUUCAGACACGGAACCUGGGCAUGGCUGUGGAGGCCUGGAGCUGUGACGGAAAGCCAGUGUGGGGGGAGAGUGGAGAGCUGGUGUGUCUGAAGCCAAUCCCCUGUCAGCCCACCCACUUCUGGAACGACGAGAAUGGGAGCAAAUACCACAAGGCUUACUUCUCUUCCUUCCCAGGUGUUUGGGCCCACGGGGACUACUGUAAAAUCAACCCAAAGACAGGAGGAGUUGUCAUGCUUGGCAGAAGCGAUGGAACUUUGAACCCCAACGGCGUGCGUUUUGGGAGCUCGGAGAUCUACAACAUUGUGGAGGCAUUUGAGGAAGUGUCCGACAGCCUUUGCGUUCCACAGUACAAUGGGGACGGUGAGGAGCGAGUGAUCCUGUUCCUGAAGAUGACGCCCAACCAGUCCUUCGGCCCGGAGCUGGUACACAAAAUUCGCGGAGCCAUCCGGAAAGCCCUCUCCGCACGCCACGUACCAGCGCUGUUCCUGGAGACCAGAGACAUUCCUUACACCCUCAGUGGGAAGAAGGUGGAGGUGGCUGUGAAGCAGGUGAUCGCUGGGAGGGAGGUGACCCAGCGAGGGGCCUUCUCCAACCCGGACUCCCUUGACCUCUACAAGAACCUGCCAGAGCUCCAGAACUUCUGAGAACUUCUACAGUACACAUGGAAAAACAAAAAACGAGGAGAGAAAAAAAAAAGACUGUUUCCCCCAGAAACUCUUGUCCAGUGGAAAAGGAGAGGAGCUGGGUCAUUGGGUACAGGCCAUUGAAUGGUGGCCCUGGUUUCUCUUCCGCCUCUAACUCUUCAGUGACCUCCUGACCUCACCUGGCCAUCCCAUUGGCUCCCUCUGGGUUCAGGACUGACCAAAAAAAAAGAAUAAAAAAAGGAAUCCAGAGAAAUGCGACGUACUAACAUCCCCCAUUGCCCUUUUGGGAAUGCCUUUGCUUUGGCUUGUGUACAUUUCUAGCUAUUCCUCUUUUACGGGACUGGAGAUGUGCUUCUCACUGUUGUGCUUGUGGUGUUAACGUCGUGGCCUAACUUAUUAUGAUAAAACGAAGGUGAGUAAGUAUGGACCUGCCAAUGGGACCCAGGUGUUAAAGAACGUUGCCUUUUUGUUUUUAUAGCUUUAUUGCUAUAAAGGGAUGAGGGAGUAAUGGUGUUGAAAGAUCAUUUUGAUCACAUUUUAACUUUACUGUUACCUUUUUUAAAAAUGAACACAGCCAGUCAAUCUUCAAAACAGAGUUAAAAAAAAUUAAUAAAUAGCAUCCCGUCCCACUUAACACAUUGUAGUCGUGCCCACCUGCUAGUCCCACCCACACAAACGUUGUUAAGUUUGUUGCAAAGAAGAGCGUGGACUUGGUUAUUAUUACUCUGGCUAUUCACCUGUAUUUAUGGCAGCUCCUCAGUGGGUGGAAGAGAGACGCUCUUUUCCAAAUGCCCAAUGAAAUGGCUGUGAUGAAUACACAGCAGAUUUUUAGGCAAUUAACAAGCCCCCUAGAGACUUCCUGGUUUUAUGUUAUUACGGCGAUCACAGCUGAGCUGGUAUUAUACUGUAUUGGGGUUUCCCCCCCCCCACCAUAGAGUAAGGCUUUGUUGUUUAACUCUAAAAUAGAUUUUUAGACACUACUGAACGCUAGUCAUUGGCACUGAGAUGUUCCUUGAUCUGUUUUUAUUUUUUUAGUUGUGUCGUCAGUUUAGAUUAAAACGUGUGUUUUAGUUGCAUGUCUCCAAACAGCUUUUCUUAUCUCUUGUUGUGGUGAGCCAUGAAAUCACCUCAGUUAGACAAACACUAUUGAUGGUGGUGUUGUGCUGUAGUCAGUUGACCAAUCACUACACUAAUUCUACAUACAAUAGUCAAAUCAUCGGUUUUCCUUUUAUAAAACUGACCCAUCACUGCAGCCGUUUCAACCAAUCACCACACAUUUUGGCACGUAGUGUUUCAAUCAAGCCACACGUCAACAAACGUUUUUCCCUCGUCAGCGUAUUUUCACCACAAGUUAGACAACGUCGUGGACAGUUACUGAUAUGGACAUCGUUCCAAAGUGACCUCGACGGAGACGGAGUUGGGUUUAAGACCCUCGUAAAUUGUGUUUAGGGUGGGGGAGCUUUCAUGGUUUUACUACAGGGUUUUAUUCUCUGUUUAGGGAAUCAACUAAGCACUUAGGUCACAAAACAUUCAUUCUCUUUGUCUACGUCCCAAAUGCCGUCCUAUAAUAAUGCUCUACAUUUGACCGGGAGUUUUAGAGUGCCAUUUGGGACGGAACCCUCCGUCAGAUUCACAUUCCUGAGAAUAUUCCAUUUUAGUCUUCUUUCAUCUGGUUUCACUUCUGUUGUACCUUCCUCCAAGAAACAUAUCAUGUCUAUUUGAAUGCAUUCAUUUCCUCCUAGUCUGUUUCAUAUAUUUUAAGGUACAGACUUUUUUAAAUUUAAUGUGUUUUUGCAUAAACAAUUAUAUUGGUCCAUGUAUGAUGAAUGUGUCAUUGACUGUGAUACAGUAUAUGGAGAUAUAGAUACGGAUAUGUAAUGUGUUCUUGUACCGUGAACUACUUUGCAUUGUCCCUGUAAACAAUAAAUGGACAAAGCUGCAUAUUCUAUUCAA